GUAGGGGAUGAAGUUUGAGAGCGGUGGGGAGAGCGAUGAGGAGAACCCUUGAGGUGGUGAACUUCAAGGGCAUGCGCAUUGACUUGCCUCUUCACGGGUGCAAGCGCAUCGAGUCGCGCUUGCAGAGGUGCAAGGAGCGACGCAAGAACAAUGCGAAGGUCUGUGAGGUCCACAGAGGGCUGACCCUGGACCGUUGGUGUUCUUCCAUGAGCGACGCCGAGGUGGUGGAUGAAAAGGAGGACGGGAGGGGGUGGGAGGAUCUCAGGCAGUGCGACAAUGCGAUGGAGGAGUACUUCUGGGAGAAGCUGGGUAUAUCGCCACGUGUCUUUCGGGCGAUGGUGAUUGCAUCCAGUGUGGAUGGACGCCCGAUGGACGUGCUGCCAAUGUUGAUGUGGACUGCAGUCGGUGUCGAUCCCUCGUCUUCUCUGCUGGAGGCCUUCGAUAGAGGUCGGCCAUCAACGAUAGAGGAUGCACACGUGGAACACGAGGACCACGACAAGCAAAAUUGUGACCAGGGGCAGCAGUGGCAACCUUCAAUAGAGGGGGAUGGUCGACGUGCACGUCAACAACAUCACUUCCGUCCCCCUCCUCCUUCUCCUCCCCUUCCUCUGAAUCGUCAUCGUGGCAUCCUCCUCCUCGUUCUCUUUCCCCUGCAUAGCGAUGAGGAGGAAGAUGAGAAGGAAGAGGAAGCGGAAGAGGAGGAGGAGGAAGAGGAGGAGGAAGAGGAGGAAGAAGAGGAGGAGGAGGUGGUGAAGCAGGAGGAGGAAGAAGAAGAGGGCGGCAGCAUGAAGGCUCACCUUGUGGUCGACGGCGGAGGAGGAGGAGGCUUCCGGCGAAGCUCCAGCGGCAGCGGCGAUGGCUUGAGCAACAGAACAACGGGACCACUGGCGUCAGCGUCAACACACGGGGGGGGGGGACGAGCAGCAAGCAGCGCGGCGACGGGGCAGCGGGCCGUUGCUGGGAAGGGACGGGGGGUUGUGGUCUUCAACCUUUCACUCGAAAACGAUAUCGUCGAUCUAUCAAAUGUCAAUGCGAGGGCGACACAUAGUAAAGUAUGUGCACUUCUUGAAGUGAUCUACAACGACCCUGAUAACAUCAAGACUGAUAAAGUCUUUGAAGAUGGAUUGCCAUCUCCCCUCAGCCGGUUAUCUGUUCAAGCGCAAUUUAGGCUGCGGUGUCCUGGGCAGUAUCAAUCUGCUGUCCCCGGGAAGGAAGACAUGAAUGCUGCAUCAGCAGCAGCAAGCAAGAACAAAGAGACGAAAGUGAUGGACAUCCAGCGGGCCAAGCAGAUCAAGGACCAAAUGGAGCAACAUCAUCAGCAGCAGCAACAACAGGUUCUCAAACAACAGCAACCACAACCGCAGCAGCAGAACCAGCAGCAGCAGCCACAGCAGCAACUGCAACAGCAACAGCAACAGAGUGUCCGGAUUGCGAUUGAGAACCGUCGGAGGUUAGCAAGGGGACCACGGAGCGGGAGUGGCCCAGCAGCACAGGGAUCUGGGACAACAACUGUGCCCGCUGGGCCAGGUUCAAGCCCAGGGAUUGUGGAAGGGCCACUCACACUCCCUGCUGAAGAUCACCGUGUUGUUGAUGUGGACUAUCAAGCUGCUGGUACACAAGCUUUGGUCAGAGUCACUCUGCUUGCAGCUGGAUUCGUGAUUGGUGCACGUGGCGUGUCAGCACGUCAGAUCGGGCAGGUAACUGGGGCUAUUGUUCAAUCAUGGACAGAGACGGCCGAUGGAGACACCACUGCAAUGCGGUUGUUCCGUAUUCAGGGGAAGAAGACAACAGUUCAGACAGCAGUAGCUUUGAUUGAACAGGCUGUGCAUAAGUACCGUGAACUAUGUGAUUGUAAGCGAAGAGGAGAGUUUGUCCAAAGGGAGCAUGUCAUUGGCGGGGUGGAAUUCCAUUACCAGCCACCACCUCGGAAAGCGCUGAUUGGUAAUGGCCUCACAGAUCAGUCUGUUGCAACAGCAACAACAGUCGUUACAGUGGCAGCAUCUGGAAAGGUGCAGAUAGCUGACCCAGGAGGAGCAACCGGGGGAGGAGGGGGUUCCUUGGCUGGGCUUUCUGGGCUUGUUGCUGGCCUGCAACCUCUUUCACAGCAGCAGCAACAACAGCAGCAGCAACAACAGCAUCAGAAGCAGCAGCAACAGCAACAACAAGUGCAGAGGGAGCAUCAACAAAGGCAAAAACAGCAUCUUCUUCUUUUUCAUCAACAGCAACAGCAGCAGCAACAGCAGCAGCUUUUGGGAUCACAAAACCAACUUCAGCGGCCUCAUCAUGCACAGCCACAGCAGCAGCAGCCACAGCAGCAGCAGCCACAGCAGCAGCAGCAGCAGCCCCAACUAGUUCAGCUGGAGCAGCAGCAUCCACAUCAGCUUAGCCAGCAGCAGGUCAUGCCACAGCCACAGCAGCAGCAUGUUGCAGAGGAUGUCUGGUCUCGUCGCUUUCGUCAAUUGACAGAGGACCAGCAUCCAACAACAUGGCAGCAGCAAGCAGCAGCUGCAGCUGCAACUCCUACAACCACGUCGAUCUCUCAGAAAGCACCCUUGACUGCUUCUCCAUCGUCACCAUUUCCAUUUGAUCCAUCACCACGUCAGCAUCAUCUGUUGUUCCAAGAUUCCCGUCACAUGCAGCCACUUGCCUUGUCCUCAGGAGCUUCAAGCCAAUCGGGCCAUAAUAUUCAGGUACAGCAAUCGUCGGCCAGCAUGGUGGCAGGCAGUGUGCAGUCAUCACUACCAGUGCAGCUGCAUUUUCUGGAGAAUAAUGUGGGGGUAAUUGGAAGGGACACCCAGGUCUCACAGAGUCAAACAAAGUCACAACCGACUUCUCAACAGCAACCGCAGAUGUCACAGACACAGACGCAACAACAGCGGGAUCAGCAACAGGCCCAACAAGGGAUAGCAUCUCUUGAACUUGCAAUGCAGAGACAUGGGAUCAAUGACCGAUUGUAUGCUUCUUCAUCAUCACUGGAGUCGAUGCCAGCAAGCAAUAUUGGAGGACCCAAUGGGGCAUUCAGCAAUUCUCUUACAGGAGUCUCAGCAGCAGCAGUGGUGGCUGCCGCUGCUGCUGCGGCCACAGUAGAUAUGCGUGAUUCGAGCACCAGUGUUUCACUAAAUCACGACCUUGGCAAUCUAUGGUCCUCUACUGGCACAUGUACAGUUGGUGAAAGGGCUAUCAUUGGGGGGGGAAGCCCACAGUGGGGCGGAACUGGCCUGUAUAACAUCUUUGCACUUCCUGCAUCAGUGGAACAAGAUCUGGGGACCUCACGGUGUGUGCUGUCUGACAGUCACCAGUUCCGUCAAAGCCCGCCAAUCUCAUCAUUGCCAUGCUUCUCGACUGCACCCAUGAUGAACGGACAUGGAGGAGGAGGUACUGCAAAUGAUCUUCAUUCGCCAUUUGAGAUGGGGGUUGUUGGGGUUGGAACAGAGGACAACAGGGCAAUGGCAACCGGGCCUGCUCAUGGGGCCACAGAGAGGGUUAGGCCAGGGGAUGACUCAAAUCCAAUCCCAGCAUUCACACUCAACAGUGUCAAUGUGAACAGCAGCUUGACUUUCGAUCAGAGCCUGUACAGUCAGCAUAACAUGGGAAAUGAGAAUGACCCUGACGAGGGCCUUUGUAUUGUGUGCCUUGAGCGUCCAGUUGGAGUCUGCCUUGUGACUUGUGGGCAUUCGUCCUUCUGCAUAGACUGUGUGAAGGUGCUCGUGAAUUGUCCUCUUUGCCGGGAGCGAGUGGUGACGUACCAGCUGUUAGCUCCUCGAUUGCCUGGCCCAGGCAAGCCAGUGCCGCCGCCUACAGGGUCUUCAACUGCACAAGUCAGGACCAGUUCUAAUAUGUGGAAUUGGAUCAGCUCUGUAUCAGGGUGAGAAGCUCAUGGAGAUGGUGAGAUCACCAGGGACUGGUGGGAAAGAGUACGCAAUUGUAUUGAUAUAUCUGGAUUUUAUCUGCUUAACAAGCUUCUUCAGCUCAUUGAGAUAUCCAUCGGCCGGCCUCCCAGGUAGGAUGGCCUCCCCUUGUGUGCAGACAGUGCUUCGGCAACCAUGCAGUUCUUACGCAUCUGCCAAUACCUAUUCAGCAUGCACAGCACUGAUCAAUGGGCAUAGCAGUUGUAGACAGCAUAUGCUUGCUUGCUCGUGCUCUUCUCUAGCACCAUUCUCUUUGGCGCCAUUGUACUUGUAUACUAUGCCACUCUUGAACUUGUGUAACUUUGUUGCAGACCUGAUGUCUAGAAAGGAUGAAGAGGGGCUUCAAGUUCCUUGAAAAUCUGAGGACGGCGGACGUUUAAACAGCCUGCUGACAGCUAUUUUGGUUACCUUUUUCAUAUCGAUGAACAUGUGCAUCCGUCUUGCAGUGCAGUCUCCCUUACAGUCACGUUGUAAAGCAUGAGAGCUUGAAUCAAGGCCUCGUGCACCUUUCGGAUUGAUUCUUGACCAAUAUCAGUUUGCGCGGUGGCAAUGACAUUCCUCGAAGGUUGAAUUGGCUGUCCUUUAGGCUUCCUAGAUGGCUCUCUCUUCACAUCUAUGUACUUCAUACUCUGUGAAUUGAUUGGUGGGAGAGCUGUCUGAUAGCUGUUGCACCCCACCAUCAUUACUGCAUUGUUUGCGUUGUCGAAUCUCGAAAGAUUGAUUGAAUUGGUACGGAGGGUUUGGCAUCAGACUUCUGUCUGCUGCUGUCUACUGCUCCAGCCAGCUCCAGUGCAUCAUGAAGCCUGUGCUUUCCAUGGAAAGAUUUUGACAGUGCACCGUGUUCGCCUGAGAGACAAUCUGGCACUUAAUCAUGAAUGAUGUAUGAGGAGCAGAGGGGUGGCCUUAAGAUCGGUUGAUACACUUGAUAGAUGAUUGGGAAUGGGCGAAAACAGCAGGUCGCCAAUGGUCCGUCUCUGGCUGGAAACGGGUCACAAACGCUGUGAUUUUCCUCUCUGCAUGGCCUGUUUUCUACUGUGCAAUUCAUUGAUUUUCUUGUGAAGGGGGCUCUGCCAUGGUUGAGCAGAACUUGCAGUAACCCCUUCAUUGAAAAAAGCCUUUGUUGCAAGCUUGUUGUGAGCCGCAUUCAUUUCCCAUGGCUGGAUGACAAGAGGGACACACAGACAGAGGCACAGAGGGGGUUGAACCUCAAGUUUUUUCUCCUCCCUCAUGUCUCCGUCUCACUUUCUGCCAUGCGCAUGAAUACAUGACACGCAGGAAGGAGGGCUCUACCUUUACAUGCGCUCAUAGUCGGCAACACCGAACAGCUCUUGACAUGACUGGUGAUGGCUGCCACGACGAACUGGUACAGAGAAUGAACAAGGGCACUCCACUCACUGACACUGGAUUCCAGGGUACAUUUACCGGCCAUUGUUGCUAUGUACAGUUUUUCUCUAUGUUUGCAGAGAGCCCUGCCCUUCUCAUCUUUGUCCAAUUUUGCAUUUUCUCUCCGUCCAACAGCAGCAGGAGCCAAAGCAAAAGCAUCGGUGCAUAACUGCUCCGAUUACUGUAACUAUGCCUUCUUCCCCCUCUUCUUCUCGAUGAUCCACCACUAACCUCUCCCAACCCUUCAUCUCUUGUCAUCUUCUCGCCAUCUUUAUUUUCUAUCCCCCCUUCACUGGGGGUAAUCCCAACAACUCCUUCCCUCCCUCCCAUUACUUCAGUUUUGCUUGUGACACGCCGAUGAGGAAAGAUUGUUGCCGAUUACACUACCUUGGCACUUCCCUUCACUUAAUUGUUGUGCUCAUGGCAUGUUCAGGAGCAUGUCAUAUUGUACCUGGGCUUCUGUAAAAAGCCACGCGCCAACUCCGAUCUAGGAGUUGAUGGAUGGAUCCAACACUGACCCGCUUACGUUUGUCAACAUUCAGGCUCCUACUCUUCAGCCUGACCCUGUCCAUGCUGAACAUCCUUGCAAUGCCAAUGCCGAGCAACCAGAGCCAUACAUUUGUUCUUGAUUAGAUGUCGGAUUUGUGGUUACAUAAGGUAGCAUCAUGCACACUGCAGGGUUACCUGUCUACACUGCAUGAUUCAAAUUCAGAUGCUCGACUUGCUCAUUCGUCGAUGCAGCAGUUAGUGCCCUUUCUGCCUAGCUGUGUGUUGCCAUGGAGCUCUGCAGGGAUGCGCCUUAUGCAGGACCUCAUAUUUUUCAGCUUCCUGUUUAUCUUCUCUACGCCCAGCUUUCCCUCCCUCCAUUGCUUUCUGUUUUCUGCUUUGAUUUCUGUCAACCCUCCCUCCUUCCCCCUCCCCCCCCCCCCCCCCCCUCCUUCCUUGUAGAAAGCAUGUCCAUCACCACGCCAAAGGCCGUGCCUGCUUUCAUCAUCAAUGGCUGAUCAACAUAGGUUUUGCCACCUUUCUUGCGCCGCCCCCCCCUCCCCGCCUUCUGGUCAUCAGUGCACAAAACGACUAGGUUGUAUAUGCCCUGGAAUGAGCAGCAAUUCCGAAGCUAUCUCACGGCAAAUGUUGUAGUGUGGAGCAUCCGGGACUUGGGAACGACAUUCAUGAUCACCUUGACUCUCACUCACCCAUACUGGGUGCCAUCCGUCGAGCAUGUUCUGCCUGGCAUGGGCCCUUGUAGGUGAAUUGACACACCGUUACAGAAUUAGACAUGUGAUUGUUGAUGUGAGCUUUGGACGUCGGGAACUUCAAAUUUCGAGUUCCAUCGACUUUGACACCUGGAUUUUCUGAGAGAGAGUCUCUGUCAGAAGGGACUCUUGUCAAGCAAAGACAUUGGGGACGCCCCUGUAUGCAGCCAUCCAUUGACUGGCAGUUUUCAGUUGUGCCAGUAGGUAGGCAGUUGGAUGCAUUACCUUCGGCUUCCAGCCUUCCACGGAUGUUGACAAUCUUUGCGUUCCAGGUAGUAUCAGGUGCGAAAUAAUAAUCAGACUUGUUGAUACGUUAUUGCACAAAUGAUAGAGACAUACAAACUGCUGUAGCUGGGGGCUGUUAACAGGGUUCUGGUUCCACAACGUAUUUCAAGAAGAGGAGCACAGAUCGCAGCAGCAUGGACGUAGGGGUCUUCGAGAGAUGUGAAAACUCCACCUGGAUGCUGUGAACGGUUCCAGCUUGUUUAAGGACAUACUUCAAGAAGAGGAGCAGAGAAUGCAGCAUCAUGAAGCUCCAGUUUGUUCAAGGCUCCUCUGCCCCCAUUUGAAGGUCAGGCCAACACAUUUGGAAAUUUUGCCACGUGUCGUCUGGCUAUCGGACGACAAUCACGAUAUAUUCAGCUGAAUUGAGAGACAAAUCUUCUUCUGUCUUGAAGUUGUGCGACUGGUUGUCCGGCUGGUUGCAUGCUUGCUUCACUGCUUGAUUGGGUGGUUGUGUUGCUAUUUUGAGUAUGAUGCAUUGGCUGCAUGGAUGGUCCAUCGCCUUUUCCACUCCUCUGCUUGUUGCUGUGGCUGGUUGCCAGGUCAUUCUGGACCCUGGAAGCUCACUUGUCUGUUGGUUAUGUGAGGCAACUUGUCUCUUGGCCGUGUCGUACACCUCUCUACUACUUUGGUCAUAUCCUUUCGCCAGCUACUGCAUUCACAACUUCCCUUGCUUGGUCAAUGUGCUGGCCUCAAUUUGCCCCUGUGCCAACCUCUCUUUGUGGAGAUUGGCUGCUCUGUUGGUUAACUUGGUUUUGUUUAGUGGUUUGUGGAUUCCUUGCUAGGCGGUUGUUCUCCUUCACGACUGGUUGCCUUGAUGAUUGUGUAGUUUCCUUGUCAUCAUCUUGUUGAUCAGUUAAAUUGAAAGCUCUUGGCUGGAUGAGGAGAUGGGCUUUUGGUUGGCAGAGGGGAUGGUCAACCUGCUUUUCUUCCUUCUUCGGUCGGAUCACCCAGCUCAAGUUGUCUGGUUGGUUGCCAAGCUGUUCCAUAACCGCAAUAUAUCCUGGCUCACAGCAAAACAUGUUCAACCCUGCAGAAUGAUCCAAGCAGCAAGUUUUUGGGUAGCAUGAUGCGGGGGGGUGACAAAUGAACAGAGAGAUGCUUGAGGGUUGUUGACUUUUCGACACAACGAUCACAAGGCCCUUCACAAUUCUCAUUUGAGUCUUAUUCUCCAGCUUUUUCUGCUGUGCUCUAUGUUUUCCUUAGUUUUGGUUCUUUCUUUUCUUUUUUUAGGAGAUGCAGAGUGACUUGUCUGUUAUGUCACAAUCUGCUCAUUGGAGAGAGAUGAUGGACAUCGCAUGCCCUCAAAGAAGCUUUAACGGGUAAAACAUUGUCAUGCAGAGCAGCAAAAGUUACAACAACGUCUGCAUGAUGUGUCAACUUCUUUGAUACUUCCAUUUUCGAGCUGUUUAUGACGACACAUUGCACAAGUGCCAGUCAUGGUUUUUCUGUAGUAGCAACUUUCAGAUGUCAGCGCCAUCUUCAGACUCAGCUUGUAAAGAUGGGGACCAACCGUUGAAGAAGGUUGCUGAUCACUGACGUGAAUGGUGCGAGGUUUUGCCAUCCAUCAUGCAGCCCGUGGUGGCCGAUGGUAUGAACUUGAACUUCUUGAGAUCACCGCAAUUUUCGAUGACACCAUGCUGCCAUUUUGAUGGCCAUGACAUAUUGUUCAUGUCUAUUGGCGACCAACCUGGUGCCUGAUGACUUCAUAGCCCAGUGGCAGAACAGAGAUGAGAGAUGAUGGAGAGAGAGCGAAGAGCUGAAGGGCAAUGACUUUCGAUUUGCCGAAGUCAUUCCUCUUUGAGAAUUCUGGAAAACAUUUUUCAUGAUUUCACUUGACUCUGCUUGUUUGCGCCUUACACUGGAUC